AUCUACCUAGUAAAAAAAAAAAAAAAAACCUUGUGUCCUUCUCUCUCCUUAGAUUUCCUUUUCUCCUUACACAGACUCCCAGCCUCCUCCCCAAACCAUUCGGCAGCCAUCCUUUUUUCUUUUCUCUUCCUCCUGUCAUCACUGUCGCGUCUCAUGGCUUCCGAACCCUUCGAUCAACCCUCGAUUCCUCCAUUCUCGUCUCCUAUUCCAUCUCGCAUCCACUCACCCGGACAAAUGAGAUCCAUGCUAGCGAGUAAGCAUCAGAAUUGGAAAGGGGAGAGCUGGAUCUGUUGAUUGGUGAGGAAGGUGAUGUGCACGCAAAGCUCCAGCGACUCGGCGAGAUUUUGAUCUCUCUGCGGCUAGACUAGAUUUGCAUAUCUAUACUACUACGAAACACGAAUGGGGUGACCAAAGGCUGACGUCGGCGUAGAUUGAAGGCCCAAAUGCAUUUUUGCAGAUUUUUGUAAAAGGGUAAAGAUCAAAAAGGCCCAAAUGCAUGUGGCAGAUUCUGGUAAAGAAGAAACCGAUUUGAAAAGCCCAAAAAUCUUGAAUCCAAAAGGCCCAAAGAGUUGAUUUCUGGAAUGUUCCUUUUAGGGUUUUUAGGGUUUCUUUGUUUGGGUAUAAAUAGAGGGUUUUAGGUUAGAAACAGGGGGGUUCUUUUGGCCGAGUCUAGUGUUGACGGCAGAGAAAAGGAAGAAUUGUUCUGCUAGAAAGAGGCGGUGGUUUGGGAGGAGAUUUGGGUCUAUCUUUGUAGGUAAUUUUUUGAACAGAGGAGUUUUUUAGGAAUGGUGGUGAAGGGGACGAUGGGAGCCUGAUCCUGUGGGUGGGAUCCCUCCCAUCAGAUCUGGAUCUAUCUUCCUAAAAAAACUCCGUCGUGGGUGUCUCUUUUAUUUUGUUGAUUUUCUCUGUAUUUUUUUAAAUUCAAUGUUUAAGUUUUUAUGCAUUUACUGGAAAAUGAAUGAGAAUCAAAAGUUGUUCAGUUU